CACACAAAACCAAAAAAAAAAAACAAGAUUUAACUUCCUGAUUUUAAAAAAAUCUAUUAUAUUUAAGAUAUUUAGAAGAUUUUGAUAAAUUAAGGAAGAAAAGUGAUAAAUACUUAUUUGUCGCAGUUGUGUUGUCAUAUCUCGAGUGAGUAAAGGAGGGAAUUAAUGUAAAAGAAACACCUAAAUAUUUCUCGAUCGAUUCGGCGUAUUCUGAUUCGUGGAAUAUUCAUACGGACUAAACCGUCUUUAUUUUGGAAACUAUUUUCAACAGGUUCAUCUUUUCUUUACCCAAGAAUCAGGAGUAUUAUAACUGCAGCGGAAGAAUACAUACCAUCAUGAGUAGUAUCAAGAAAAUACUAUAAUUUCAGUGAUAACCUGUAAACUUAAGACCAGUUCAAAAAUAUUGAUAAUGAAAUUUAGAAGAAGGCUCUUUGUAGCUAUCGGACACAACUUAGAGAAGUUAUAAUAGACACGCGAGUCUGUUCAUAAAUGCAAAACACAUCAUGCCCCAAGCACCGGCUUUAGGGAAAUUCGAUUUUAUAGAUAAUUGAAUGGACCCUAAUAUAUAAUUACAUAGACAGCCAUUUCUUUGUUCAAUACCAUCUUUCAUAAUAGCCUUUAGAAAUAUAAAAUGCAAUCGAGCAAAACAAUAGCAAACUCGCUUAGAGCCACAAGGAGAGUCUAGUUAUUCAUUGGCCGUAAAAAAUGCUGACUUUUUCAUAGCAAAAAUCUCAUAAAUACGCCAAUCCCUGAAUGAAUACCAAAACUUUGAAACGCAAGUGUAUUUUAGAGAUUUUAUAGCACUGUUUUAUUUUUUUUAAUUGCUUUAAAUGUGAUAACAGCAGGAGUUAGUUCUUAAGAUUUUGUGAGAUUUGACAUUAUAUCAUUUAUAUUUUAAGGCUUUUUAAUUUAAAUGUACAACGCCAGUGAGUAUGUCAUUGUAUUGAAAUAGGCGUUUUAUCAAAUAAAUCAGUUUCAGUUUGUUUAUGAGAGGAAGUAAAAUGUGCAAACCUAAAGGUCACCUCAAACCAGAUUCAGCUGAUCUCUAUCAUACAUUAAUUGGUACUAUUGUCCUAAAUUAUCAGAAAUAAUAAUGCCAUUGAUUUACGGUACGACCUUUAACAGACACGGGGACUUGUUCUAAAUAUACAUAUAUAAACAACCUUUAGUGGCAUAUAGAACAUUUCCAGUAAGGUAAUCUGUAUUUUUUUACAAUGCAAAAUUAAAAAUAGAUCCUCUUACAUAUGCCAGUACUGAGUAUGGCCAACUUUGGGUUGUCUUUUUCAAUAUUAUGACUGAGUAUUUAUGUUUUCUGUCUAAUCCAGUAUUCAUGUUUAUGAACUGAACGUAUGUUUAAGUUAAAAACACACGUUUAAAAAUAAAAACGCCUUGCAUUUCCAGACAUUUUCAAUCAACUUGAUGAUUUCACAUUCAAUUCAAUACUAGUUCAUUACACUUAUAAACCCCUUGUGUGACACAAAUAGACAAUGAGGGAAUUCUUAACCAGGGGAAUAGGAAAAUAUAAAAACAAGUGCUGGUUUCUAUUUUCUUCGGCGGACUGUUUUGUUCUAAGGCGCCACGGAAGCAAUAACUGAAGGUAAAGAUAUCAUUUCCACGUAUCGUCAUUUCAUUUGAGAACCAUGAAGAAAUGAUUUUAGUUUUCAAAAGUUUAGGGGAACAACCUUAUUUAUGAAAUUAAAAAAAGUCAAACAAUUUGAUAUUUGAUUUUAAAACGUCAGGAAGUUAAAUGCAUAAAGAUGUAUUGAAUAAAUAUUAUUGUGAAAGAAUGUAUUUGUUUGAUAAGGAAGAAGAAACUCAUGUCUUCUAAACUGUUUCCUGUUCACCUCAUUGAGUAUUAUCUUCGAAGUUAUACUGAUUAACUAUUAUGGGCGAUAUUUUUCAUCCUGCGUUGCUCAUCAAAACAGUGACUGUGGUUUUUACGUAUAUAUAGGAUUUCAGGAGAACUAGAAAAGGCAUAAAUUUAUUAAUUCGAUGACGUGUUUUGACCAUGGCUAAAAAUAAAUAAACUUAUGUUAGAAUAGAAACAUUUUGAAGAAAAUGUCAAACUAUUUUGAAGGUAAAGGAACUCGAUAUAAACUGGUUGGUGCAAGUGUCCAACACCGUUCGCAUUUUGUUUUAAUGUUCAGUAUGUCAAGUUAGUCAUUUCAUAACAGCAUGGCUAGUUUCACGGCUGAAUCAUUCAUUAUAUCCAGAACACUUAGUAGGAUAGGUUACAGUAGUAGAAUAAGAAGAUUAAAGCAAAAUGCUUUUGACUUCUUUACCACGGAAAUGAAUAAAUACACACAAAACGACAAUUCUUAUCUGUUAUGUUCUGGUAGUAAAUCAGAGGGACUGACAUCUCUAAAUGAGAAUGAUAUUGAUUUAAUGUUUGUUUUCACCGACAUAUUAUGUUUAGAAUAUCCUGAAAGGAACAGUAACAGGGACCACAAAACGAUUUUUCAGCUAAAUAAAAGAUGUUCCGCACCAGGUUAUGCCGUACUUGAACUCGUAACGACCUGUGACGGAGUGUAUACGCCUCUCUUUAUAAAAGAUUUUCUAGUGGAAAUCGUACCUGGAGAAGUUUACCUGUCUAGCGAUUUUUGGAAACACCACAUUAAACAGGUUUUCAGAAAUGUCUGUUCAGAGCAAAACAAUUGCGGUUUCCAAGACUUCAGUGACGAGAAUCAUGGUCCUGCAACAGUUUGUUAUGCAUUUCGGACGAGUUGUGAUCACGUUUCCGCAUUUACAUGUGAAUGUCCAAGUUAUUUGUAUCACUGGGUGACUAGGGAACGCAAACAUCAAUGGCCUUCUGCCGAAUUAAUUAGAGAUGUUUCUCAGUUAGAAUCACAUGUUGUGCCGGUUGGUACUAAAGAUGGUCCUUUGCAAUUCUUGGAAUGGCGAAUCUGCUACUCAAAAGGGGAAAUAAGGCUAAUCCGAAGUCUAAAUGACUGUUUAGCGAAAGUUUUAGUUUUGAUGAAAGCAAUCGCAAAAGGGACACUUCAUCCCCUUUGCAAAGAGGUGUCCAGUUAUAUAAUGAAAAACAUAAUUCUGUGGAUAGCUGAGCUGUAUCCUCAGGAAUGUUUUUCAGAGACCAAUUUGAUAACAGUGCUGCAGUUUUCUUUCCAAUUUCUCAAGCAGUGCCUCCUUGCAGAAGAUCUGCCAAGUUAUAUGAUACCGGAACGAAAUCUUUUUGCUGACAGGUUAACAAUAAAGCAAAAAACUAUGCUUUGUAUGAGGAUAGAUUGUCUGCUUAGACAAGGGCCAAGUAUAGUGCUGACAGCUAAGAAUUUGGAUCUAAGAACUGCUCUCUCCAUGCUUCAUCGUACACCUAACGAAUUUGCAUCACUUCACGAAAGACGCAACAUUAACGAAUGUGCGUGUUUAUUGUUAAUCGCCUAUACUUUGGGUAAUAUUGCCGAGCCAGCCGCCGAGAUUGAAACCAUGGUGAGAAACAUUUUCACUGACAACAUUUUUCUUAGGUUUUUUCAAUGGAUGCAGGAACACUUCCCUGAAAUAGCUGAAGCUAUAGGAGAUGACUUUCUCAAAUACGGUCAGGAUGACAUCAUUGAAAUAAUGAAAUUACGUUGUCGGAGAUAGAGCUUGAAAAACGUAUGUGUUUAUUUAAUUGCAUCUAUAGAUUUCGAAAACGUAUUUGUUUACUGUGUGGAUUUGCCGGAGGCAGUUCUAGAAAACGCAUGUUUGCUAUAUUGCAUUUGCCAAAGAUAGAUCUAGAAAAAGGUGUUUACUAAUAUUAGAUUUGCCAGAGAUAGAUCUAGAAAAAGGGUGUUUACUAAUAUUAUAUUUGCCAGAGAUAGAUCCUGAAAAUGCUUGUGGUUGUUAUAUUUCUUUUUAUUAUGGAUUGUAUAACAAUUGUUGGAAAUUGUUAAAUGUAAAUUAUCUGUGGAUACAUUUAUAGGAAUUAUUAGGUAAUUCAUUUAACGAAAAGAAUUUGCUACAUUUGCUACAAGAGGGAUAACAUUAAAACGGUUCUAAAUAUACUGGGUCGUCGGCACCUGAACUUGCUUAGGUAUGUUUGAAGAAAAUAGUUGUUGAAGAAUUGUUCAUGUAUGUAAAUACAUGCUGUGUAAUCCGAUUGAUAAGAACUACACUACAAGCUUACUCUUUACCGUUCACGCGUUGCACCAUUCAUCAUCAGUCCAACAAAAGCCUACCAAGAAACGUGUUUAUUGGCCUUAAGUUGAAAAUAUGAAAAUUUACCCUGAUGAACCAAUAUAGCAUGUGUCCGUUAUCCACUCCGACCACUAGAAUGCAUAUCAGUCUACAUUACUUACUAUAUUUACAAUUAUUAUAAAUAUGUUGCAAAAAGAGACAACCAUUAACUUUCGAAAAUGAAAUUUUUUAAAAUUUUGUUUUCUAGAAGAAAGUAACGGAGUAGAUCUACUAGUAAUAAUACAUGCUAGCUUUUACUAAUAGAUGAUGAACGCUGAAGGGCAGUGUGCUAACCUUGUUUACAUGUGUGAAAAUGUACUGUCUAGUAAAUACGCUGGUGAGUCUGAAAAAUCUAGGCGAGGCUUAUUUAAAAAUUAUAGUUUAUUCCCGCCAAAAUGUAACAGAAACGUUUUUGGGAAAACAGCUGACCAAAUAGUCAAUAUGAUCAUAUGAGAAACAACAAAAAGCAAUCGAGUUAUAUUAUGUACUAGUGAAUAUCUCGCUAUUUAAAGGUUUGUACACACAUGAUUCUCCGGAUAUCACAUAUUAUGUUUUACAUAGAAACUUGCAACCAAUAAAAUGUUACGGUUUCUUAAAGGAAAAUAAAACUAUUUUUCGACGAUUAACUGGUCAGUCAGCUUCUCAUUAGAUACAUAAAAUAAAAAGGUAAUUUGUUCUCCUCGCACUGUAUCUUAAACAAGAUAUUUCGUCACACAGUAAAUACGCGUAAGCCAGUGAGAGUAUAUAAUUAUUCAAAUGGACGCAUGCUCACGGAAAAACUUUAUCUGGAAGCAUGCUUGAGCGCAAGUUACGGAAAUACAAACUCACAAUUAAUCAAUACAAGUUCAGAGACUGAUGUAAUAAGGUCAAUGUGCUGGUUAUGAAGGGGUAAAUGCUCAUAUCGGCUGUUACUGUGAUAAUUUUAUAUCAAGUAGUCGUGACCAUAAUACCUUAAGAUACCAAAUAUACCAUGAGACUACUAAUCGAAAACAACAGAGAUAUAGAUAAGAUAAGAUGGGAUUUAGAUCAGAUGGGCUCAAAUUGUACCACCGAACUGUACUGCAGAUCUGGCUGGCUCCUACAACGGAAGAGGAGGUGAAACGAAUCAUACAAAAAUCCCCAAACAAAGUCUUUGAAUUUGAUCUGAUACCAAAACGGCUUUAAAAAUAUCUGGAUGAACUCUUGCCGCUAAUUAUAAAAAUCAUAACCAUAUCCAUAGAAUUAAGGUAUUCUCCAAAGGAGUUUGAAAACGACUUGACAAGGCCUAUACUACGGAGGUACUGACACCUGGGUAGAGAAUGGCAUUGACUGGAUGUAUGUGAUAUUAUGUUUUCUAGAUUGUAUGAAACAUGGACUAGAUCCCUUAAACUCACAAAACCCCGUUGCGAUAUCUCAUAUAUUGCUAAAGUUUCGGAAAAGGGCCUGAUCUACACUAAGUAUGCCAUCAGCGAUCCAGAUGAAAACAUACUUCAUGUGUGAUUGCUAUCUUCACACAAAAAUAACAGAGUCGUCUGCAAUGGAAAUGUAAAAUGACCCUUGACCAAACUGUGUUACAGUUCCCAUGCUACUUGAUCUAUCCUUAGCUUUAGACAGCACCACUCGAUCCGUUAUGUGUUGUAUAUGGUUUUUUUUGCGUACAUUGUUUCCCGGUUUUCACGGCUGUGUAUCACGCAGUUCAAGUACAAGAGGUGAUCCGCCUCAAAGUAAUGAUGGCACUUCCGAUGAUUUGUUAUGCUCAUGAAAGAUAGACAAAUUUACUGAUAGUGGUUUCUUUUGUUAAACAUGCAACCGUCUUCAAUAUGGAUGUAAAAUCGGUCUUCUUAGCUUUACCCAUAUGUUAACAAAAUAGUUCUGGAAAUAACU